AUGGCGAAAGAGAUAAGAGCACUUUUCGAGGAACUUAAGCGUGAAUUACGGGCUGAAUUUAAAGGCUUCAAGGAAACACUCGAGCGAGACUUUCGUAAUGAGCUGAGGGAAAUUAAGUCCUCUGUGGCUUCCUUAAAUACUGAUUGUGAAGAAGUAAAGGCUGAAAAUGUAAAGCUCAAGGCGACCAACGCUAUGCUAGAGGCCACGUGCGCUGAUCUUGCUCAAAAGGUGAAAGAUCAUGAGAGUAGGCUGCUACACCUUGAGCAGUAUUCUCGUAAUGCAAAUGUGGAGCUCAAAGGUAUCCCGUACAACGCCACUGAAAACCUUAUAGAUACAGUGAUCAAAAUUGGCGAGAAAGUAGGUGUACCACUUGAGGAAGCCGAUUUUGAGUCGGUGCACAGAGUACCAACCUCCAAUCUAACAAAAAAGAACGUAGUAGUUCAGUUCGCACGGAGGCAGAAGAGGGACUGUUUCCUCGAGAAUGCGCGUGCUGCCCGGCUCAAGUGCUCUGACGUAGGCUUUGACUCGGAGGAGCCGUUCUUUGUUAACGAGCACCUAUGUCCAGAGCUGAAACGUCUACUAGGUCAGGCUACUGCACGCAAACGCGAAACUGGUUGGAAAUACGUCUGGGUGCAAAAUGGCAAAAUUUUCGCACGGCGCAUGGACAGCGCUCCAAAAAUAAAGAUUUCAUGCAGUGGGGACGUUGCUAAAAUGGUCAACCCUUUAUGA